AUGCAAAUAGAAGAAAGAAAGAUCAACAUUAAAAACUUCUUUUUAUACAUUAUUCAUUCAACUGGCAAAUCAACAUUAAUGUCAGGAGAAGGUCAUUUAUCUCUUCACAUUAUCCCUGUAGAACUUGUUUAUCGUAUUUUGGAUCAUCUUGAUCAAUUAACAAUUUUGUAUUCAGUCCGUAAUCUCUGUAAACGAUUAAACUCUAUUAUAGAUACGUAUGAUCUGUAUAAGGAAUGUAGGACGCUUGAUCUCAGUCAUUAUGAAAUCAAAGAACAGGGAGCACAACGUCUUGCAUAUGGACUGACACGUAACACUAUAUUUACUACAAUCAACCUUAACAGUAAUAGAAUUGGUGAUAGUGGUAUCGAGUAUCUUAUCAAAGCUUUGAAAAACAAUCAAACACUCACUACACUUAGUCUCAGUUGUAAUAAUAUUAACGAAUUAGGAGCACACAAUCUUGCUAAUUUUCUUCAGACUAAUACGAUACUUGCUACGCUUGAUCUUAGUCAUAAUUAUAUUGAUGUUUCUGGAGCAAAAUACAUUGCCGAUGCUCUGGCAAAAAACACAAAUCUUACUGCAUUGAAUCUUAGUGGUAAUCAAAUACGAAAUCAAGGAGCUCAAUAUUUUGGUAUCGCACUUACAAAAAAUAAGACUCUUCUGUUACUCGAUCUUGGAAGUAAUAAAAUUGAAAGUCAAGGGGUACAACAAUUAGCAAAUGUGUUUACAGUUAACAAAACACUCACAGUUUUGAAUCUUAGCUACAAUAAUAUUCAAGACAAUGGAGCAAAGCAAUUAGCCGAUGCUCUAAAAACAAACAUGACUCUAACAACACUCGAUCUUACAAAAACUCAUAUUGGAGAAUUGGGAGCUAUAGAACUUGCUAAUAUGCUGGCCAAGAACAAAACACUUUCUGUACUGAAACUUGGUGAUAAUCAGAUUAAUAAUCAAGCAGGAAUAUAUCUGGGCAAUGCUAUGAAACAUAAUAUGUCCCUUACAAUACUUGAUCUUAGCGAAAACCAAAUCAAAGAUGAAGGAACUAUUAGUUUGGCUAAUGGCCUUGCGAAUAAUACCACACUCAAUAUACUCGAUUUGAAUAAAAAUGGAAUUGAGGAACAAGGUGCACAACAUCUUGCUCGAGUGCUGAUCAACAAUAAUAUACUUACUAUGCUCAAUCUUGCAUGGAAUCGAAUAAGAGAUUCAGGUGCUGAAUAUAUCAGUCGUAUACUUACAAGUAAUACGGCAUUGACUUCACUCAAACUAGAGAACAAUGACAUUGGGAAUCACGGAGCACAAUAUCUAGCAAAUGCUCUUGUCAAUAAUAGAACACUUAUUUCACUUAAUCUUUCAGUGAAUGAAAUUGGCGAUGAAGCGGUACAAAAUUUUUCUAUUACUCUAAAAAAUAAUAAGACACUUACUACUCUGGAUCUUUGCCAAAACCGCAUUACUGACGAAAGUGUACAGUACCUCGCCCAAGCUCUCAUGAAUAAUACAACAUUAACUUUACUUGACUUAAGACAUAAUCGCAUAGCUGAUAAAGGUGCAGAACAUCUCGCCAUUGUUCUUAAAACUAAUCGAACAUUGACUAAACUUAACCUUCAAUAUAAUUCUAUAACAGAAGAAGGAGCUGCACAUUUUGCGCGAGUUCUUAGAGAUCAGACGACAGUAACAACAGUUUAUCUUCGUUGGAAUAAUUUUGGAGAAAAAGCACGACCACGACUAUGGAAAUUGGCCAAUGACAGUGAACGCUUAUCAUUAUUAGGCAUAAUGUAA